GAGGUCUUGGGCGCUGUGGAGGUCGUUGGAGUCACCUGCCUCCUGCCAGCUCCUUCGGUCGCCGGUGCGCGCCCCGCCCGCCCCAGCCAUGCUCUCCGCCUUCGCCCGGCCUGCCGGCGCCGCUCUCCGCCGCAGCCUCAGCACCUCAGCCCAGAACAAUGCUAAAGUAGCCGUGCUAGGGGCUUCUGGAGGAAUUGGGCAGCCCCUUUCACUUCUCCUGAAGAACAGCCCCUUGGUGAGCCGCCUGAACCUCUACGAUAUUGCUCAUACACCUGGAGUGGCCGCGGAUCUGAGCCACAUCGAGACCAGAGCAACUGUGAAAGGCUACCUCGGACCUGAGCAGCUGCCAGACUGCCUGAAAGGUUGCGAUGUGGUGGUUAUUCCAGCCGGAGUCCCAAGAAAACCAGGCAUGACACGAGAUGACCUGUUCAACACCAAUGCCACAAUUGUGGCCACCCUGACUGCUGCCUGUGCCCAGCAUUGCCCCGAGGCCAUGAUCUGCAUCAUUUCAAAUCCGGUUAACUCCACCAUCCCAAUCACAGCAGAAGUUUUCAAGAAACAUGGAGCAUACAACCCCAAUAAAAUCUUUGGGGUGACAACCCUGGACAUUGUCAGAGCCAACACUUUUGUUGCAGAACUGAAGGAUUUGGAUCCAGCUCGAGUCAACGUUCCUGUCAUUGGCGGCCAUGCUGGAAAGACCAUCAUCCCCCUGAUCUCUCAGUGCACUCCCAAGGUGGACUUUCCCCAGGACCAGCUGACAACCCUCAUCGGGCGCAUCCAGGAGGCCGGCACGGAGGUGGUGAAGGCUAAGGCUGGAGCAGGCUCUGCCACCCUGUCCAUGGCGUAUGCCGGAGCCCGAUUUGUCUUCUCCCUCGUGGAUGCAAUGAACGGGAAGGAAGGAGUUGUUGAAUGCUCCUUUGUCAAGUCCCAAGAAACGGACUGUCCCUAUUUCUCCACACCAUUGCUGCUGGGGAAAAAGGGCAUCGAGAAGAAUCUCGGCGUCGGCAAAAUCUCCCCUUUUGAAGAGAAGAUGAUAGCUGAGGCCAUUCCUGAGCUGAAAGCCUCAAUCAAGAAAGGAGAAGAGUUUGUAAAGAACAUGAAAUGAGAAAGCAGCUAGUGAGCAUCCAUUUCCCUAACUUAUUAAGGAUCAUGUCAGUGUAAAGCCAUUUCAGAUCCCUUUGUAUUUCAAUUUGCUUCGAUAAUGAGUAUCGUAUCACCUUUACCAUCCCUUCCAAAUCGCGGUCAGUCCGCUGGUGCAUCAAUAAAAGCAGGCUUUGGUUUUCUUUUUCAA